GCAGUAGAACUGUAGUACCACUGAAAAAUAACUGAGUAUUUUAACAGUGCAUUUUGUCUAACAUAAAAUAAUUGAGAGUGCUGUGUUUUAACAUACAAAUUUAAAAUAAUUUUUGGAAUAGAUCUUAUAACUUCUUGAAAUGUUAUUAUCUUCCUGUCUUUCAGGCUGAAGGUGGCCCAGUCUGAGGGCUAAUCUGUCAAAUAUUUAAUAAUCAUUUGCUCAGAAAAUUUCCCACGUUGUUCAUGGAGUUUUUCAUCAGUAUGUCUGAAACCAUUAAAUAUAAUGACGACGAUCACAAAACUGUGUUCCUGAAAACAUUGAAUGAACAACGUUUGGAAGGAGAAUUUUGUGACAUAGCUAUUGUGGUUGAAGAUGUUAAGUUCAGAGCCCAUAGGUGUGUGCUUGCUGCCUGCAGUACCUACUUCAAAAAGCUUUUCAAAAAACUGGAAGUUGAUAGUUCAUCAGUAAUAGAAAUAGAUUUUCUUCGUUCUGAUAUUUUUGAGGAAGUUCUCAAUUACAUGUAUACUGCAAAGAUAUCUGUUAAGAAAGAGGAUGUAAAUUUGAUGAUGUCUUCAGGCCAGAUCCUCGGUAUUCGAUUUCUCGAUAAACUCUGCUCUCAAAAACGUGAUGUUUCUAGUCCUGAAGACAACACACAGUCCAAGAGCAAGUACUGUCUAAAAAUAAACCGUCCUAUGGGAGAACCCAAUGAUACACAAGAUGAUGAGGUGGAAGAAAUUGGAGAUCAUGAUGAUAGUCCAUCAGAUGUGACAGUGGAAGGAACUCCUCCAAGUCAGGAAGAUGGAAAGUCACCAACAACUACCCUGAGAGUGCAAGAGGCAAUUCUGAAAGAGUUGGGAAGUGAAGAAGUUCGAAAAGUAAACUGCUAUGGCCAAGAAGUAGAGCCUAUGGAAACGACUGAAUCUAAAGACUUAGGAUCUCAGACCCCUCAGGCUUUGACAUUUAACGAUGGCAUAAGUGAAGUGAAAGAUGAACAGACACCUGGCUGGACCACGGCAGCUGGGGAUAUGAAGUUUGAGUACUUACUUUAUGGUCACAGGGAACAUAUUGUAUGUCAGGCUUGUGGCAAGACCUUUUCUGACGAAGCGCGAUUGAGAAAACAUGAAAAGUUACACACUGCUGAUAGGCCGUUUGUUUGUGAAAUGUGUACAAAGGGCUUUACCACGCAAGCUCAUUUGAAAGAGCACUUGAAAAUACACACAGGCUACAAACCUUACAGUUGCGAGGUGUGUGGAAAGUCUUUUAUUCGCGCACCAGAUCUAAAAAAGCAUGAAAGAGUUCACAGUAAUGAGAGGCCAUUUGCAUGCCAUAUGUGUGAUAAGGCUUUCAAGCACAAGUCCCAUCUCAAGGACCAUGAAAGAAGACACCGAGGAGAGAAACCUUUUGUCUGCAGUUCCUGCACUAAAGCAUUUGCUAAGGCAUCUGACCUAAAAAGGCAUGAGAACAAUAUGCACAGUGAAAGAAAACAAGUUACUACAGCCAAUUCCAUCCAGAGUGAAACAGAACAGUUACAGGCAGCAGCCAUGGCUGCGGAAGCAGAGCAACAAUUAGAAACUAUAGCUUGUAGUUAAGAUCUAAAGCAGAAACUUUAUCAGAUAUAAUAUAAGAAAUGAAAAUGAACAAAAUCUAGUGUCGAUAUAUGUUUAGACUGAGAAUUUUUUCAAGAAAUCAUAUUUUUAAAGAAUUGAAUGUUACAUAGGAAUACAUAGCAUCACUUGGUUAGGUAUUUUAAAACAUUUCAGAGAGGGGUAUUCUUAGAAUGUGAAGCAAUUUUGUUGCCAUUAGCAGUAUAGCGCACUAAUACCUGCUUUAAUUUGAGAGUGUGAUCAAGUUCUCUAUAAAACAGGGAUAAUUGCUGGCUGAUACUUAUUUCAUUCAGUAUGGAAUACUGCAUACAACAUAACAUUGCAAUCAGUGAGAAUCAAUAAGUUUGAAAGUGCUGAAAUCUCAAAAAUCACAAACAUGGAAAGGAAAUACUUGGUUUUCAUAGUUCUGAAGGUAUUAUAAUUUUUUGAGAAACAGACAUUGAUUCCCUAAGCUUUUUAAUUCCUCCUUUUUCCACUUAAUGUAGGUAGGUACAGUAGAGUGUAAGUGGGAUGGUGAUCAGAAUGAAAUUGCUUCUUAUUCCAUUCCCCCAGAUACCCUCUUACUUUAAUCAAGGUGGCAAGUUUAAUGAAAUACUUGAUUUCUUGAAAAAACUACAUUAUUCACAGUGAUUCUGGCUGGCAAAGCAGCAGCGUCAUGGCAUUCACCAAUCCCUUCAGUGGGUAAAAAAGUCUGCCUCAUUUGUUUUUGUGUUCACUCUUAUAUAGGGCCCUGGAGUUGGGACUGGGCCACAAAGGAAAAAGGGUGCAGCAUGGAUGAGAUGUACUCCUUACUCAAACCCAGUAGAAAUCAGUUUAGGCUAAUACAGCCUGAGGCUGUGCUUUUUAUUAUGCAGCUUUCAGUUCACCUAACCUAGCACAGUAAAGGUAAAGGAGUGUUUCUGGGAGCACAGGAGGUUUAGCUGCACUGGUGAGUGACCUGUCACUGCCAGACUCCUGGAGCUGCAGAGCACAGCCACAGGCUGUCACAUACCUGCCCAUAGUGUUCAGCUGGGGUUUGUGUCAUGGCUUGUCUUACCAGCUCAUAGGUCCUGUUCAAGUUUAAAAGCUUCCA